AUGGAUCCUACUUCCAAUCCACAAGACGAAAGGAACGCAGACCCUGUCUCUGUUAAGCAGACGGGCUCUAAGCCUGCCAGCUCGGAUUGCUCGAGCCGCGGCAACGUGCCCCAAAUGACACCAUCUUUGUGCAAUGUCUAUAAACCCGCGCAACGCCAGAACUUCGCAGAAAAUUUUCGAAACAUCCCUCAAUCACCACGUCAUUUACAUGCCACUUUCCCUCAAGCAGCAGUUCAAGAUUUGAUCAGUCAUCCUCCUUCAAGACAACGCUACAUGAAUCCCAAGCUCGCUGGGCGCGAAUGGGGCGAAAUAACCGUUGACGAGCUAAUCUCCACUGACGAUGUAAAAUGGGUUCAGAUGGAUAGCAGUGUAGAAGAAGCUACGAUGGUUUUAUUGAAGAGCAAGACGAACGUGGUUCUUAUCCGUGAAAAUGAUACCUCCUAUACUGCUCUUUCCACGUUUGACUACUCGGAUCUAAAUGCGUAUCUACUAGUCGUCAUUGGCCUGUGUAAACCUGAACCCGAUCAAGCCCAACUCUGUAACGAUAUAAUGCUUCAAGCCCGCGACGGAAAACAAAUAUCACUUCGUCAGUUCCAGCCUCUUUGCAAGCAGGAACCUUUAGUCGGAGUUCCCUCAAGCGGUAAACUAUCACAAGCCAUCGAAAUUUUAGGCAGUGGAAUCCACAGGUUACUCGUAAUCGAUCCUCUUGGUGAUGUACUAGGCAUCAUCAGCCAACUUCGCAUGGUUGACUUCUUCUGGAAUGAGGGCGUGAAUUUCCCAGUUGUAGACUGCUUGUAUUCCGCCACACUACAAGACUUGGGAAUAGGAGCUCAAGAAGUCAUUUCCGUCAAUUCGGAUGACUCGCUUUCGGAUGCUCUGACUCUUAUGAAUAACGAGGGCUUGACGAGUGUUGCUGUCGUGGACGGUGGUCACAAUGUUGUCGGCAAUAUUUCCACCAAAGAUGUCCGCCAUCUGACUACGACGUCUAACGCUCCGCUCUUAAACGAGUCUUGUAUGCGUUUCUUAUCUGUGAUCCUGAAUGAGAGGGGAGUUGAGAAGGGUCGUGAUGCCUUCCCUGUUUUCUAUGUCACGCGUUCGUCGACCCUUGCCCAUGUAGUCGGAAAACUUACAGCAACAAGAGCGCAUCGCUUGUGGAUAGUAGAUCCAAAGACUCAAUCACCGUCAGGUCCCGCUACUCCCAUGGCAAUGAUUCAAAAUGUUGUCAGUGGAUCGAUGUCUCCUACAACGGCUCUGCCUGGAGCUUGUAUCUCUGGUAAACCGAACGGAGUGGUCUCGCUAACAGAUGUACUCAACAUCUUCGCCAAAUUUGCUGGAUUACAUCCGACCGACCCUGGAGAACAGCGAGCACAGCGACGACGAAGCUCGAGCAGCUCAGUUCGUCCGAGUUUAGACUCUUCCAGACCCAGCAUAGAUUUUCGUCGCACUUAG